AUGCAUGAGGUUGUAUUUCCGGUGGAUCUUUCUGUCUUGACGCGCUUUGUAGCCACUCUAUUCUUCCUCGCCGUCGGUGUCUUUUACUUUCUCAGAAACACCGCCGCUAAGUACUUCGACAUCGGCGCCGCCGCCGCCGGAGGUUUCGACAGAGACCGACGCCGGGAUUUCGCGGCGGUCUAUACGGAUGAGUAUGAUUGCUCUGUCUGUGGGGAAGUUUCCACUAAGAAAUGCUCCCGCUGCAAAUCCGUUCGAUACUGCUCGGCAGAGUGCCAAAAGUCAGAUUGGGAUUCGGGUCAUCAAAGGAAGUGCAAGGAUGCUGAGAUUACUACUUCUUCAACAUCUGCAAGAAAUGGCCUAAGGUUCAGAGCUUCUCCGUUCGGUGACAGUUCUGCGUCUAAGAUUGCAUUGAUUCCAGAGUGGGGCCAAAACAAGAGUAGCCUCAAGCCAAGAGAUGUGAUGUUUCUUUUCUUGGUUCUUUUCCCGUAUGACGAAUUUGUUAAAUAUUUUAACUGGGAAAAUCCAGAAUUGGCUCCAUGUGGGCUCAUGAACUGUGGAAACAGUUGUUUUGCUAAUGUGAUUCUACAAUGCCUCUCCUGGACACGUCCUCUUGUUGCGUACCUGCUAGAGAAAGGCCACAAGAGUGAAUGUAUGCGCAACGAUUGGUGUUUCUUCUGUGAAUUUCAGACCCAUGUUGAGAGAUCGAGUCAAAGUCGGCUCCCUUUUUCACCAAUGAACAUCAUUUCCCGGUUAACGAAUAUUGGUGGGACUCUUGGGUAUGGGAGACAAGAGGAUGCUCAUGAGUUCAUGAGGUAUGCGAUUGAUAUGAUGCAGUCUGUUUGCCUCGACGAGUUUGGUGGAGAAAAAAUGGUGCCUCCUCGUUCUCAAGAAACAACACUUGUUCAGUAUAUAUUUGGCGGUCUCCUCCAGUCACAGGUUCAGUGUAAUGUUUGCGAUAAUGUUUCUGAACAAUAUGAUAAUAUAAUGGAUUUAACCGUUGAGAUUCAUGGGGAUGCGGUGUCUCUGGAGGAAUGUCUUGAUCAGUUCACUGCCAAAGAGUGGCUUCACGGAGAUAACAUGUACAAGUGUGAUAGGUGUAGUGACUAUGUAAAGGCAUGUAAGCGUCUUACGAUUCGGCGCGCUCCAAACAUUCUAACUAUUGCCUUAAAAAGAUUUCAGGGAGGAAGAUACGGAAAACUGAACAAAAGAAUAAGUUUUCCUGAGACGUUGAAUCUUAAUCCUUACAUGAGCGAAGGCGGAGAAGGAUCAGAUAUAUAUAAACUCUAUGCUGUGAUUGUCCAUUUAGACAUGCUGAAUGCAUCGUUCUUCGGCCAUUACAUAUGCUACGUUAAGGAUUUUAGCGGGAACUGGUACAUCAUAGAUGAUUCCGAGAUAGAGAGAGUGGAAUUAGAAGAUGUCCUUUCUCAAAGAGCUUAUAUGCUCCUCUACAGCAGGAUUCAAGCUCGACCAUCAUCAUCGUGUGCGAGGCUCGGAUCAGAAGCUCAAGAGGAGAAGGAAACAAACACAAUGGACACGAAAUCUUGCCAAAAAGAGUUAGUCGAGAGUUCAAUGUCAUACCCUUCAGUCGAUGACUCUACAACAGAUCAUGCAGCAAAUGGGAACAGAGAUCCAGAGUUAAAGUACCAGGAUUUCGAUUCUUGUUUGGACCCCAAAACUUCAGUCCCAUCGGGUUGUACAAAACCCAAAUCUCUGGUGAGAGAAAUGGACGUCGAGAUGAUCGACGCUCAAUGA